CCGGUGCUGCUGCUGCUGCUUCUGUCGCUGCUGCUGCUGCUAGUGUCCGACAAGCCCGCCGGGAAUGGAAAUGUCUUCUGCUGCAACUCUGACAUCUUAAAAAAACAGACAAAACAUGCCAAGGAGGACAAACGCGAAGGGCGGUUUGAUCAGAUUGGUGUCGGACGGGGCUGAGGAUCAGAGGUUGAGGUUAUAAAAACAACAGCGGAGGAAGGAGCAAGAAGAAGACAGAGGAAGCCGAACUGCUUGGAAACUCUUCUUUCGUAUUAUUAUACCCUUAAAGGCACUGACUGACCCUGCAGAGGAUUACGGACUCCGAAAUACACGACCGACACCUGCUCGUUCCCGCCUCCCCUCACCGUCAUGACCUCCCACCUCAACCCACCUCUUCUCAUUCCCCCCAUCCUCUUCUUCCUUCUCCUCUCCCUGUCCGCGCCCUCUACCUCCAUCUCAAUCUCCACGUCCACUCCUCCCUCCUCCCUCCUCUCCUUCCUCCCACCGGAAGGGGGCCUCACACAUUUGGUGGUUCACAACAAAACCGGCGAGGUCUACCUGGGCGCCGUCAACUGGAUCUACAAGCUGUCAAGCAACCUGACCAAGCUACGGAGCCACGUCACUGGCCCGGUCACAGACAACCCUCGCUGCUACCCUCCACCCGGUGUCCAGUCCUGCCCCCACGAGCUGGUGCAGACCUCUAAUGUCAACAAGCUCCUGCUACUUGAUGCUGCCCACAACCGCUUGAUUGCCUGUGGGAGUACCUCCCAGGGAAUUUGCCAGUUCCUACGUCUGGAUGAUUUGUUCAAGCUGGGCGAACCGCACCACCGUAAAGAGCAUUAUCUAUCCAGCGUUGCCGAGGCGGGCACCAUGUCGGGCGUCGUUAUCUCUCCGGAUCUUUUUGGCGGCGGCGGGAAGCUUUUUGUCGGCACCCCGAUCGACGGUAAAUCGGAGUACUUCCCAACACUAUCCAGCCGCAAGUUGAUGUCCAACGAGGAGAAUGCUGAGAUGUUCAGCUUCGUCUACCAGGAUGAGUUUGUCUCCUCGCAGCUGAAGAUUCCCUCCGACACGCUGUCGAAGUUCCCGGCGUUCGACAUCUACUACAUCUACGGCUUCAGCAGCGAGCAGUUUGUUUAUUAUCUCACCCUGCAGCUCGACACCCAGCUGACCUCGCCGGACGCGAGCAGCGAACAGUUCUUCACGUCUAAAAUCGUGCGCCUUUGCGUCGACGAUCCAAAGUUCUACUCCUACGUCGAGUUCCCCAUCGGCUGCACCAAGGACGGAGUGGAGUACCGCUUGGUUCAGGAUGCUUAUUUGGCCCGGCCGGGGAUCCGCUUGGCCCGUUCGCUCGGUAUUCAAGAGCACGAGGAGGUUCUGUUUACUGUAUUCGCACAGGGUCAGAAGAACAGAGCCAAGCCGCCCAAGGAGACGGCUCUGUGUCUGUUCACAAUGAAACGGAUAAAGGAGAAGAUUAAAGAGAGGAUUCAGUCGUGCUACAGAGGAGAGGGGAAACUCUCCCUGCCCUGGCUGCUCAACAAGGAGCUGGCCUGCAUCAACUCGCCGCUGCAGAUAGACGACAACUUCUGCGGCCAGGACUUCAACCAGCCUCUAGGGGGCACCACCGCCAUCGAGGGCAUCCCGCUCUACGUGGACAAGGACGACGGCAUGACCUCCGUGACGGCCUACGACUACCGCGGGCACACCGUGGCGUUCACGGGCACCCGCGGCGGGCGCAUGAAGAAGAUCCUGGUGAACUCCAUCACCCAGCCUGCCUUGCUGUAUGAGAAUGUGGUGGUGAGCGACGGGAGCCCCAUCCUGAGAGACAUGCUGUUCAGCCCGGACCACCAGUACCUAUACGCCCUCACCAAUAAGCAGGUCAACCGUGUACCAGUGGAGAGCUGCGAGCAGUACAGCGACUGUGGAGCCUGUCUGGGAUCAGGGGACCCUCACUGCGGCUGGUGUGUACUCCAUAAUGUAUGUUCGAGGAAGAACCACUGCGAACGAGCAGAGGAGCCUCAGCGUUUCACCACCCGAGUGGAGCUGUGCGUCCGGCUCUCCGUCCAGCCCAACACAAUCUCCGUCACCAUGUCUGAAGUGCAGUUGUCACUUCAGACGCAGAAUGUUCCCAGCCUGUCUGCCGGAGUGAACUGCUCCUUCGGGGACUAUGUCGAGACAGAAGGACGCAUCUAUGGGGGACGGAUCUUCUGCUUGUCCCCUUCAACAAAAGAGGUGUCCCCCAUCACACGAGAUCAAGGUGACCAACGCGUGAUAAAGUUGUAUCUGAAGUCGAAGGAGACGGGGAAGAAGUUUGCCAGCGUGGACUUUGUCUUCUACAACUGCAGCGUCCACCAAUCGUGCCUGUCCUGCGUCAACGGAAACUUCCCCUGCCACUGGUGCAAGUACCGCCACAUGUGCACGCAGGACGCCGGCGACUGCUCCUUCCAGGAAGGACGAGUCAACAGCUCGGAGGAGUGCCCUCAGAUCCUGCCCUCCACCCAGAUCUACAUGCCCGCCGGAGUCAUAAGGCCGAUCACGCUGCUGGCCCAGAACCUGCCCCAGCCACAGUCGGGUCAGAGGAACUACGAGUGCAUCUUCCACAUCCAGGGCAGCACGCACAGCGUCCCGGCUCUGAGGUUCAACAGCACCAGCAUCCAGUGUCAGAAGACGAUGUAUGACUACGAGGGCGCCGACAUCAGUGACCUCCCGGUCGACCUCUCCGUGGUGUGGAAUGGAAACUUUGUGAUCGACAACCCGUUCAACAUUCAAGCCCACCUGUAUAAGUGCAGAGCGUUGCGGGACAGCUGUGGCAUGUGCCUGAAGGCCGAGCCCAGGUUCGAAUGCGGUUGGUGCAUCCACGACCGGAAGUGCUCCCUCCGGCAGGAGUGCACCGGUGGAGGGAAUUUCCACCUCCCGCUGCAGCCGGCGGAGGUCGGAGGAUGGAUGCACGCCACCUCUGGAAACAGCCGCUGCACCCACCCCAAGAUCACUAAGUUGUUCCCGGAGACGGGGCCUCGCCAAGGGGGAACCAGGGUGACCAUCCUGGGGGAGAACCUGGGUCUACAGUUCAGAGACAUCAAGAUGGGGGUCCGGCUGGGCAAGGUUCCCUGCGUGCCUAUCGAGGAGGAGUACGUGAGUGCAGAGAAGAUAGUGUGUCUGCUGAAUGACGCGACCAGCUACAGGGUCCAAGAAGCUCAGGUGGAGGUGUGUGUGAGGGACUGCGUCAACGACUACAGAGCCCUGUCUCCCAGGCCAUUCACCUUUGUGACUCCAUACUUCAGCCGCAUCCAGCCGUCUCAGGGGCCCAUUUCCGGGGGCACCCGGAUCACCAUCGAGGGCAGCUACCUCAACGCGGGCAGCGACGUAUCUGUCAGCAUCGGACCGCAGCCCUGCUCCUUCAAAAUGAGGAAUGCCCGCGAGAUAGUGUGCGUGACACCAGCCGGAUUAGCGACGGUCGGUGCAUCCCUCUUCGUGGACAUCGACGACGCUGAGCUCCGAAACCCUGAGGUCAAGUUCAACUACACCGAAGACCCCACAGUGCUGAAGAUCGAGCCUGACUGGAGCAUUGCCAGCGGUGGGACUCUGCUGACGGUGAGCGGGACCAACCUCGCAACCAUCCGAGAACCGAAGAUCAGGGCCAAGUACGGGCAGGCGGAAUCCUUUCAUAACUGUACGGUGUACAACAACUCCGUCAUGGUGUGCCUGGCUCCCUCGUUGGCCGACUCGGAGCUGGGGUUUCCCGAGGCUGGCACGGGCCCGGACGAGAUUGGCUUCUACAUGGACAACGUGAACGCCCUGGUGGUCGUCAACGAGACCUUCAUCUACUAUCCCGACCCCGUGUUCGAACCGCUCAGUCCCUCCGGGAUACUGGAGCUCAAGCCCACGUCGCCGCUCAUUCUCAAGGGCCGUAACCUGAUCCCAGCGGCUCCGGGUAACACUCGCCUCAACUACACGGUGCUGAUUGGCGAGACUCCCUGCGUCCUCACCCUCUCUGAGAGCCAGCUGCUGUGUGAAUGGCCCAACCUCACCGGACAACACAAAGUCACGAUUCGUGCUGGCGGGUUCGAGUACUCCCCCGGGACUCUUCACAUCUACUCGGACAGCCUGCUGACGCUUCCUGCCAUUAUCGGCAUCGGCGGGGGUGGCGGCUUGCUUCUGUUGGUCAUCAUCGCCGUGCUGAUCGCCUACAAGAGGAAGUCGAGGGACGCUGACCGCACUCUGAAACGUCUACAGCUCCAGAUGGACAACCUGGAGUCCAGAGUGGCCCUGGAGUGUAAAGAAGCGUUUGCCGAGCUUCAGACAGACAUCCACGAGCUGACCCAGGAGCUGGACGGAGCUGGGAUUCCCUUCCUGGACUAUCGGACGUACGCAAUGAGGGUCCUGUUCCCGGGCAUUGAGGACCACCCUGUGCUAAAGGAGAUGGAGGUACGGGUCCAGGCGAACGUUGAGAAGGCUCUGACGCUGUUUGGCCAGCUGCUGACGAAGAAGCACUUCCUGUUGACGUUCAUACGAACCCUGGAGGCUCAGAGGUCUUUUUCCAUGCGAGACCGAGGCAAUGUGGCAUCUCUCAUCAUGACAGCCCUGCAGGGGGAGAUGGAGUACGCCACCGGAGUCCUGAAGCAGCUGCUGUCCGACCUGAUAGACAGGAACCUGGAGAGCAAAAACCAUCCCAAGCUGCUGCUCAGGAGAACGGAGUCUGUCGCUGAGAAGAUGCUGACCAACUGGUUUACGUUCCUGCUGUAUAAGUUCCUCAAGGAAUGUGCCGGGGAGCCUCUGUUCAUGCUCUACUGUGCCAUCAAGCAGCAGAUGGAGAAGGGGCCCAUAGACGCCAUCACGGGAGAAGCCCGCUACUCCCUCAGCGAGGACAAGCUCAUCCGGCAACAGCUAGACUACAAAACCCUGACGUUGCACUGCGUGAACCCAGAGAACGAGACCGCCCAGGAGGUGACGGUCAAGUGUCUGAACUGUGACACCAUCACUCAGGUCAAAGAGAAGCUGCUCGACGCCGUGUACAAGGGCAGCCCCUAUUCACAGCGGCCCAAGGCUUCCGACAUGGACCUGGAAUGGCGCCAAGGUCGCAUGGCCCGAAUCAUUCUGCAAGAUGAAGAUGUCACAACAAAGAUCGACAACGACUGGAAACGACUCAACACGUUGGCUCACUACCAGGUGACAGACGGCUCCGUGAUCGCCCUGGUGCCGAAGCAGAACUCUGCCUACAACAUCUCCAACUCCUCCACCUUCACCAAGAGCCUCAGCAGAUACGAGAGUAUGCUGAGGACGGCCAGUAGUCCAGACAGCCUCCGAUCACGAACGCCCAUGAUAACCCCUGACCUGGAGAGCGGAACUAAAUUGUGGCAUCUGGUGAAGAACCACGACCAUUCGGACCAGAGGGAGGGCGACCGAGGCAGCAAGAUGGUCUCUGAGAUCUAUCUGACACGGCUGCUCGCUACAAAAGGUACGCUGCAGAAGUUUGUGGACGACCUGUUCGAGACCAUCUUCAGCACGGCCCACAGAGGCAGCGCGCUGCCGCUGGCCAUCAAGUACAUGUUCGACUUCCUGGACGAGCAGGCCGACAAGCACUCCAUCACGGACUACGACGUACGGCACACCUGGAAGAGCAACUGUCUUCCUCUGCGGUUCUGGGUGAACGUCAUCAAGAACCCCCAGUUUGUAUUCGACAUCCACAAGAACAGCAUCACGGACGCCUGUCUGUCCGUGGUGGCCCAGACCUUCAUGGACUCCUGUUCAACGUCAGAACACAAACUGGGAAAGGACUCGCCCUCCAAUAAGCUCCUCUACGCGAAAGACAUCCCCAACUACAAGAACUGGGUCGAGAGGUACUACUCCGAUAUCUCCCGAAUGCCGGUCAUCAGUGAUCAGGACAUGAGUGCCUACCUUGCAGAGCAGUCCCGCCUGCACCUCAGCCAGUUCAACAGCAUGUCGGCGCUGCACGAGAUCUACUCCUACAUUAUCAAAUACAAAGACGAGAUCCUGUCGGAGUUGCAGAAGGACGAGCAGUCGCGCCGACAGCGGCUACGCGGCAAGCUGGAGCAGGUCAUCGACACCAUGGCGCUGGCCAGCUGAGGACGGGCCGAUCGCGCCCCUCGGCUCGGGGAGAGCUGGCCAACCGACACGCCUUCCCACGACAAACCUUCGACAUUUUUGACCCUUCGACGUUUGAAGUCUGUCCGCCAUCACCCUCGCCAACAGCAGCGGACAGCGGCGGAGAAGACUGCAAGGACACAAGCGCCCGAGCAGCAGCAGCAGCAGCAGCAGCAGCAGCAGCAGCAGCACACGGGGGAGACGGCAGAGUUUGGAACUGAGGCCACGCCACGCCGGGCCGGGCUGGCUUUUUUCCCUCUUUUGUUCUUUAGUUCUUUGUUGUUGUUGUUGUUGUCUCUGAGCCACCGACCCAGCCCCCAACAACCAAAUCAAGCGCACCCUCAGCCUCGGCGGAUAUGGACCUCAGCUCAGGAGAGUGUUUAUCUUCACCAAGGCCCUCAUCACAUCUAGACUCUUACAGGUGCAGCAGUCGGGUACUUUGGCCACGAUCAGGACCGGCACACGCGCACCGCUGACCAAAAAGCUCUUUGAGCUGGAUGCAGAGCCGGAACGCGACCGGAAAGGUGUUCGCCGCCGGCUCGACCUGCGAGCCGAUAGGAAUCAGGGAUUCUUUUAUCGCGAUACUCGACGCCUCGAUCCCCUUACGGAAUUUUCUGUUGCCGUCCUCCACAGGGAGGUCAGGGGUCGGGGGUCGGGGUCAGCUACAGCGCAGCAGCCUUGGAGCUGGUGAGGAUUCAGUGUGUUGCUCAAAGACACGACAGCAGGAUGGAUGCUUGGCAACACGUGGGCUGCCGCCACUGCAGGGACGACCAGGAGGAAGGACAUUGCAGGGAAACUCUUCCUCCAGAACCGACUCUGCAACUCUACAUUUUCAGUUUCAUAACACGGCUUAUGUUGACUAAAAGCUUCUUCUUUUUCAGUUUUUUUCUCCCUUAACUGCGUCCUCUCCCCCCGUGCUGUGCCACUUGUAUUACUGCUGAAUUUGCACAACAAAGCUAAAUCAAAAGAGAGAAGAGGAUAUAUGAAUAUAUAUAGAGAUAUAUAGAUAUAUAAAUACAAACCUUUUGUUUUUAAAAAAAGUUGAAAAAAAAGAGAUGUUUUCCAUAGUAAUGUACACAAAAAAAAGUUUGCGAAGAGGAUUUGAUAUUUCCAAGAUGACAAAUUAUGAAAACACAAGGAAACAGUUGUCCUGUGCCAUGUUUUACUUUGAAUGUUGUUUAGUGCAAAUGAGAUGUGCUAUGAUGAAAAUGUUGCUUAGUGACUAAAAGUGAGAGUUAACUUAUAUACAAUUGUAUAUAUAUAUAUAUUUAUAUAUGUGUAUGUAUCUAUACACAUAAAUAUGUAUAUGUAUAUAUAUAUAUAUAUAUGUAUAUUAAACCGACCUACAGUGCUUUUGUGUUUGUUUUAGAGAAACCAAAUACACGGAGGCCUGGUCAGCUGAUUUAGAUGACAGAGACAUUCCUGCGACAGCAGACGACUAGAGAGGCCCGAGCCGGUCAUUUGGACAUUCGGCACGCCGUGUCUACGACUUAUUGAUCCACUUUUCUAGACUCCUCCUCUUCCCUGGAAAAAAACAACCAUGCGCUCCGGAAUGAAGGCCGGCUUUGGCGUGCGAGGCGAAUCGGCCUCGCGGUCUUCUGGUCGGCGGUGAAAGACGCUCGGGCUGAAGGUUCCCACUUUUGAAAACGUGAAUGUGGUUUAUGAAAAGAAGAUGAAAUGUAGCCUGAUCUAUGUUCAGUGAUUUCGUACCAGUCGAAGGCCUUUCUCUUUUUUUUCAUUUGUGGUUUUGUAGGGUAAAAAAACAAAAAAGAAGAAAAACACGUUAAAUGUUUCCUUUCCAGUCCCGUGCUGCUCCGCAUUAUCUUGCAGUGCUUUUAAAAAAACGUGCAUUCAUAAACGACACAUUCCUUUCUCCUAUGAGUGUAAAAAAAUAAAUAAAAAUGGUACACGGUUAAUAACAACGGCUAGAAAAUACAGAUUAAAAAAACCAGAUUGAAAGAUGUUGAACAAAACCAGGGUAAUAUGUACUGUGUGUUGUCAUCCAUCCUGUAAGAGCUUGUUGUGACAUGUGGAGCACUAAACCGGGCCUAUCGGCAACCGGAUCAGACGGAUGGGGUGGAGAUCAAGUCCCUGUCUGUUUGCUUUGAGAGAGAAAAACAACAAGAACAAAAAAGUCGGUUAAAAUGCAUCAAAUGCAGCUUUUAGAACGCGUCUUCAAAGGAAAUCGGUCCAGACGCCUCAAAACCAUUUUCUUUUUCUUCCUCUUCAGCAGUGCUACCCUCUAAUCCACCCCCCCCCCACACACACACACACACACACACACACAAAGGAAAGGCCUAAUCAGCUGACACUAUAGUCCAGAUCAGACGGCACAGAACUUCCGCAGAACCCUGGACCAUCGGCAGGUUUCUCUCUCAAAUGAAAGACUAUCCAUCUCGGCGAUAGAUCGUCUUCAGUCCAACCCAGUGGAUCUCCGGGAAACUCCCAAAACACUGUCGAGCACAUUAAGAAGCCACCCGCAAUCCAUCCCGCCCACAUGGACCGACACUGGCGUAGACGCUUCUUUAAAGACGGCCGGCGCUCCGAUGGCAGUCACACACGCUCACGAGGGGAAGAAACACAUUACAGCUACGUACAUUUCUUAACUGUAAUUAUAAAUACAAUACGCCGCAUUUGUAUACAUAACAUGCCUUAUGUUAGGGUUGCACACUUGUUAACCUGUCGCGAGAAAGUGAGCAAAGCACCAGAUGGUAUUUGUUCAGCUGCAGCUGUGACUUUUUCAUUUCUCGGAUCGGUGAGUUUGAGUCACUUCCCAGAGUGCCAAGACACUUUUCUUUGUGUCUUGGAGCAGCGAUCCUCUUCCCGUCUAAGCUUUAAAGAAUCGGCACACAAUACCCAAGUUCUGAUAAGAAUCCAUAUUAAGGUAACCCCGGAAUUAUCAUUUUUAUCAGACGAUGUAACUACGCGGUACUGCUAGGUACGAGCCACGCGUUAGCUGACGUCGGCUAUCGAGCUAACAUGCUAAUCUAAAAAUGAAUCCGAGUGCACAUUUGCACAUUUUAUCGCCUUGAAAGUGUACAAUAUAUAGAUUUCUUCCUGUUACUGGACAUCUUUUUUCUCCAUGGUUGCCCAAGAGUUAAAUCAUGGCCGAUAAUGGGCGUGUCACUUUAAAUGUAGACUUGCGUAACACAGUUCUUGAGCCCCAUAUUCUUUUCUCUUUUUUUAAAGAUACACACCAGACCUGGACCAACCGGUAAUGCCACCUAACCCAAACACGCUGCUGCUGCUGUCAAGUGAAAACUCUAAGCAUCGAAAAAGACGUGCAUUACUUCCCCUCGAUAGGAUUAUGAACCCCUUUAAAACAUCCAGACAUUUAGACGUUAGCCUGUCGUUGUCGUUAAGAUGCCAGCUCUUUUUUUUGUUGAAUCUGCCGUCAGAUGUGUGAAACGUACUGUACGUGCUUCAAUACUUGAACCACUGAUCUCCACAGGGUAACAACACACAGCUCAUUGUCAUCCAGGGGGAAAAGCUUCGUGACUUGAGACGAUCUCGUAUCCACUUUUCACUUCUUCCACACACGGAUUCAGCACUUACUCAUAGCCAUUUAAAAAGACUCCCUCAUUGAAGGUAUUCAGUGUUUGUAUUUCCGCUUGGUAAAUGGUGAGUUUGAGCUGAUGUUACUUCCGCAGGCUCAUUAAAGCGUUCUGUUCACUUUGAUCGAAUGACUGACUCGGCCUGAUGUGUUUAUGUCGGACCGCUACCCACCGGCUCAAUUGUUCCGUUGAUGGAGAUUUGUGACGAUAAUUUUCAGUGAUGUGGAAAUAGCAAUGAGGCUUAGUAAGUGAUGGGGAAAAAAGAAGAAGAAAAAAAUAAUUAAAAAAUCAGCAAGAUGGCGGGAGAAGGCCGACUUGGUCUCUGGUGCUUUUGUUUCCUCGUGUUUUUUCUGCUUUCCCACUUGUUGGGGGUAAAAGAUGAAACGGCAGAGGAAGCGCUUUGAAGACCAUGGCAAUGCUUCGUUCUCCAUUCCGUUGCAUCCGUGGCACUCGACUUCCACAGGGAUACGUGCAGUGAUGAAGGAGGCAGGAGGAGAGAGAGAGAGAGAGAAGGGAAGACAUUCUCUCGACAAUUGGCCGACGCAGAAGCGUUCACCGCGUCUGGCUCUGGCCGUACUGCAAAUGGGGAAUUUCUAUUCUUUUUCAUGUACUUGAAGGGUUCUGAUUCAAGGCACAGUUCAAAAUGCAUUUUUACAACAUCAUUCAAGAAGAACUUUGAAAUGCAACAGUUCUGCUUUCUUUCGCAGUCUGAGGUGAGAAGUUUGUUGGCUAAGAAAUCAAAUGUCAGCCUAUGUUUAGCCUAGCUUAGCAUAGCACAUUAAAGAGCUAGCCUGCCUCGGUCCGUAGUGAAAGUAGAAUAUGCCUACCGACAAAACUAAUUGUAUCUUAUUCAUUUGAUCUUAACGUAAUGUAACGCAUGGUGUGGGUUUAGGGAGUGUGACCGUAGAAAAUCUCUGACAGAUAGGCUAACUCCCCCUUACAUCAAAUAUGUUGUAUUAUUUUCGUUAAACAACCAAACAGCUGAAAAGUUUACUAUCCUGUUACAGAAUUGUGCUUAUUCUCAUUCGUGGAGCAGAGUUAGAGAGAAAAUCGAUACCACUCUCAUAUCUGCUAAGUGUGAAGCUGGGGAGAGAAUACCGUUAGCUUAGCUUAGCACCAAGACAGGAAGCAGGGAGAAUGGCUCGCUAAGCUCGGCCCAGAGGGAACAAAUGAAAUGCACCGACAAGCACCGCUAAGCCCGUUAAUAACUCCUUUGAGCCGGGCUAGCCACUUCCGUAUCUCCGCUAAGCUAACGUAGCCUAGCUCUAGCUUCGUAUUUAGCAUAAUGCUUCAGACCUGAAAUCGAUAUCAAUUGUUUUCCAUAUAAUUCUCAGCAAAACAGUGAAUCCAGGGCAUUUACCAAAUUUAAAAAUUGGUACAUCAGCAAAUGAAAAACAAAAACUAAUGAUAAUUCUAAAUAAACACAUUUCCAUUCAGAAAGCCUCUCAAUCUAUUCUGAAGUGUUCGUGAAAAUGUACUCAUUUUCAGUCCGGGCUGCUACUGCAACACAACCGUAAUACUUCAUGUGACAUUUAUUUUGUCCCCCACACUCAAAGUUUCUCUUCCCUCCAGUUCUCUCCAGCUUCCACACCUGCUGAGAUCACUUCCAUUAGAGUGCAUUUCAGAGAAGGAGCACAGGAUGUAAAAAAGGUGAAUUAAAAAAACAUCUUUCACACACAGAUUAAAGAAGAGAGCGGUCGAGAGAGGAAAAAAUAUCUUGAAGAGUUUUAAUACUUUAUGAAUUCUGAUACCUUUUUAAGAGUUUCAGACUUGAAGCUGCUGCCGUGUAAAUAUCCUGCUCUUUCCUAUUUUGCAGAUUUAUUACGUGUAAAUAGACACGCAUCAAGGAAAGAUUAAACAUGUUUUUUUGCUAAAUCUG